GACUUUACAUUUGCACACAAAUUUGUAGUUUUCCGCUCUGUUGUAAUAUUAUUAUAUCCACUAUAUUUAUAUAUUUUGCAGGGAAUUGUAUAUAUCGUUGACGCAUAGUUUUACUUAAAUGGGCUCACAGUCUGGCAAAAUUCUUAGUAAUCCAGUCAUGGCGGCCGAAAUACAACAGUUUAUUAAGAGCGCUGUAGCACAGGACAAAGUCGUGGUAUUCUCGAAAUCUUAUUGCCCUUACUGUACAUUGGCAAAAAAUGUUUUCUCAAAAGUAAAUCAACCCAUCCAGGUUUAUGAACUGGAUCAGCGUGACGAUGGAGAUGCAAUUCAAGAUACCUUGUACCAAAUCACAGGGUUCAGAACGGUACCACAAGUAUUUAUUAAUGGAAACUGUGUUGGCGGUGGAUCUGAUGUUGACAAACUGUAUAAGACCGGAAAAUUGGAGCCGCUUCUUAUAGGAUAAACGUUUUAGGCAUUAUUUGUACUUAAUUGCAAGCUUACUUUAAACCACUAGUGAUUUCUAUAAUUAAUUUGGUUGUAAAUUGGCAGGCGCUUGCUAACACAGUUCCCUUAUGAUGUCAUCAGACUAUCAAAAUAAAGCAAUGUAGUAGUGCUGAUGUCGCUAUCUUGGAACUGUGUGGUACGCAAAACAUAAUGUCCAAAUCAAAUGUUGGAGUUACGUGGUAAGCUUGCCGGUUAACCAAUUUACUAGCGCCUCUAAUAAAAAUUGAAUAAUUUAUGGUAAACCUUUAUCUUAUCGUAGAUAAGAAAAAAAGCAGUGAAUAGUAUAAAAUUAUUGAAAUUUUGGGGAUUCUAAUUAAAGUUGGGGAUAUGUUAAAGUACAAUGUUAAUCUCGUAACAGAUUUUUUUAUUUAUUUUAAUAAAUUUUGAACACAA